CGUUGAACGUCAUUUGUUCGUUCAUUUGUUUGUAUUUCGGCUUUACAUUUCAGAUCUGUUGUGUUGGAUUUUAGGCGGUUUUUGGGAAAAUGUCUUCUGUGUCCUGCCCGAGCUGCGGCUCUUCGAACGUGGUGGACGAUGAGUUGUACUCGCAGCCGCAGGUGGUGUGCGCUGACUGCGGCUUCGUGCUGUCCGAGGGAGCGCUGGCUAACGAUCCGCUCGGAGGUUCUGAUGUGAGCUACAGACAGACUACAGCUGUGGUUAAAAAACCAUGUGUAAAUCUGAUAAAAGGUCUGCAGCGGGUCAGAGCCAUAUGUCGGAUUCUCAGGGUACACAGUGAAAUUGAGGAACUUUCACAGACUUAUUAUCAACAGUCGUAUCAGCACCAACAUUUCAUCAAAGUUGCUCUGCAGAAGAAAGAAGUUCUUACUGGAUGCUGUGUGCUCCUAAGCUGCAGGUUACGCAACUGGCCCAUCACCAUGGGAACCAUCAGUUACCUUGUAGAGGCUGACCCGAUGGUGGUCGGGGGAAUUUAUCAAGAAAUGGUUGAGAUUCUAAAGGUUGAGACUCCGAUAGUCAACAUUACUGAUGAAAUGGAGGGUUACUGCCAAGAGUAUAAAAUUACCUCCUCUCACGUUCCUGAAGACUUGGCUGAGAACCACAAGGAUUUGACAAAGCGUGCUGUGGCCCUGGUGGAGCUUGCCGCAGACACCUGGAUUGUGACCGGCCGCAAACCCGUCCCCAUCAUGAUGGCGUCCAUCUUUUUGUCCUGGCAGUCCUUGAGGCCCACCAGGAAGCGCCUCAGAUUUUCAUUGGAAAAAUUCUGUAAGCUUGCCAAGGUGAAAAACCUCAGGCCGACUUUGAAACGAGUAGCUGAGUUGAAGGAGGUGCUGUGUAAGCUGGGACGGGAGCUGCCCUGGGUCAGAGAUGCAGUGACACCAGAUAAUGUUGCUCUGCAAGUGGAGGAUAUUCUAAACCACAGGUACGCCUUGUUCAGGAGUGCACUCCGAACUCACGAGAACGCGCUGCUGACAGAGCAGGGGGGCUGUGACGACUUGUUGCUUGACCGCCAGGCUGGCGCAGAGGCAGCUGCAGCUGCUCGCGUCUCUGGGUUUGACAGUCAGACUCCAAACACGUCCUGUGUAGAAGCAAGUGUGCAAGAUUCCAAAAAGGCAGAGAGAGCAGGAGAUGCGGCUGCUAAUUCAUGCACGACGCCUGAUCUUCACAGUAGCACAGGAACACCUGAGAACCACGAUCAGCACCCAAACUGGGGUAAGAGAGUGCUGUUUGCUCCCCCGUGCGUGACUCAUCCUAAGAAGAGGAGAGUUCAGAGGUCAGAACCCAGUGAUGUUACCGGUGAUGAGGAAAUCUCAGACAGUGAGAUUGACUCGUAUCUACGCACUCCUCAAGAAGCUCAAGUCUUCGCGCUGUCGCAGAAGGUCUUGUGUUCAUCUCGGAAUGAAGAAGAAUGACGAUGAGAACGAGGCCCAGUUGGUCAGGGCUUCUUUAGGAUGUGAAUAUGUUGACCAACCAGAUUGUCCCUUUAAAUGUUAUAUUUCAGACCUGUUCUAAUACAGACAUCAUUCAUUUUCAUGUGCAAAUGUAUA